CCGCUCUCGACGACCAACGACGACGACGACCAUGGCGGGCCCAGUGAAGCGAGCAGUUCCCCACCUCAUGACUCUGGCGGACUUGACUGUUCCACAGAUCCAGGGAACGCUCAGGUAUGCGCACUACCUGAAGCAGACCUCGGAACCUUGGUUGGCGCCUUAUGGUUCCCUGUCCAAACGGGAAUCGAAAAGGCUCAAGUUGCCUUCGCAAUCAUUGUUCAACAAAACCAUUGCCCUUUUGUUCUCAAAACGGAGCACCCGUACUCGUCUAGCGGCCGAAACGAGUGCUACGUUGCUCGGUGGACGGGCCCUCUUUCUGGGCAAGGAGGAUAUCCAGCUAGGUGUGAACGAGACUGCCCGCGACACAGCUCGCGUUAUUGGAGGGAUGUGCCAGGGUAUCUUUGCCCGCGUUGGAGACCAUUCAGAAAUCGAGGAACUUGCAGCACAUUCGCCAGUCCCCGUGCUUAAUGCAUUGUCAUCCUUAUGGCACCCGACGCAAAUCCUUGCCGACCUCUUGACCCUGCACGAACAUGCGCACCUCUUCGACGAUCCUAAAUCUGAACCACCCGCGUCACUCAAAAACCUCCCCAAUCUCAGGCCAUUGACGGUCGCAUACGUCGGCGAUGCCAAUAACAUUCUCAAUGACAUGCUCGUCACCUACCCUCGUCUGGGACAUCAACUCCGAGUCGCCAGCCCUCCUCAGUAUCGCGCUGAACCCGAGGUUUGGAAGCGCGUGGAAGAACUUGGCUGCGACAAGGGUAUUUGGUGGGGUGAUGAUCCUAAGGAGGCAGUUAAGGGCGCGGACGUCGUCGUCACCGACACCUGGAUUUCCAUGGGUCAAGAAGCUGAAAAGGCUGAGCGCCUAAAGGCCUUUGAAGGUUAUCAAGUCACCGAAGAGCUUUGCAAAGAAGCCAAUCCCAACUGGAUCUUCAUGCACUGCUUGCCUCGAAAGCCUCAGGAGGUCAAUGACGAAGUUUUCUACGGCCCUCGCUCCCUCGUUUUCCCUGAGGCUGACAACCGCAAGUGGACUAUUAUGGCUCUGUUCGACAACCUGUUCGGCAAAUGGAGCCUUGACGGAAAGACUUUGCGCGAAACCGACCUCAGCAAAGAUGAGGAUUAAAGCCUGUCCCCAAAAAAGCACAAUUGACUGUCUAUACGCUGAACACCGGUUACUUACCUACGCGUCACCCUUGGUCGUAUUGGUUGUUCUGGCCCUCCCUUUCUGGAAUGGGACUUAUUUUGAUUUUC